GCCCCUCCCCAUUUGCUUUAAGUCCUGAAAUGUGGGCUGGGGGGGGGAGCUUCUGAGCGGGCUCCUGGGCUGUCCUUGAGGGCCGGCUGAGAGGUGAGGGGUGAGGGUGGGACCGAGGAGAUGACUCUAGAACCCCUGCUUAGAAGGGCAGCAACUGCUGGGCUGGUUCUAACCCAGAGAAAGGUUUGGGAAAAGACCCCCAGAGGUCUGAGCUUGGCUGUGGCCUCUGCAGGUUUUACCAAUGACUUGGAUAAGGGCAUCAGAAGAACUUCCUUCAGAUGACACAAAGCUAGGAGAGACGGACACAGUGGAUGACAAGAGUUAGGGCCCUGAUCGUGGACCUCUUACAUGGACUCCCAGGCCCGAUGGGCAGUGAGGUGGUUGGGGCGGGGACAGCAGGGGCUGAAGGGGCCCUGGGCAUAGGGAAAGGGUGGGGGGAAGGGGCGGGAUGGGGUGGGGCGGGGGUGGGGGAGGGGAUGGGGCAGGAUGGAGCUGGGGCUGAGGGAGCAGCAGGACUAGGCCAUCAGUGCCCCAGGCCUCCGGGGUCUCUUCCCUGGAAAACAAAGGCUUAGGGCAGAAAGGAAAGCUGCAUUCAAGUCUCUUCUUGGCAGCCCUGUGGGAGGUGGACCUUGUUCUUGGCCCUCGCACUAAGAGCCCCGGGUGAAAAUUGUAGGCACAUGGGUUUAAGAUCGCUGUCGGGAAAACUUCCUCCAACGGGGCCGUCCCAGGGUGGCGCAGGCUGCCUCGGGAGCCGGAGACUUGGAGCCGCUGGACCCAUCGGCAAGUGGGGCCCCCUUGAGACCCCGGGCCUGGAGGCUCAUCUUCCCACGUCUCUUUUGGCAUUUUAGACUCUGGUGUUUUCCGGGCAGACACUGGGGGGGCUGCUAAGCCCUUUCCCAAUGGAUCGUUUGUCAAAAAAAAGCAAAACCCCAAAGCAGGUCUCCGCGGAGCGUCUGGGGCUGACGGCUGACUGACUGACUGAUUGCGGUUCCUUCCGCCACAGGCCUGAGUCCCUGCCCUUCCCCAGGUUUUGCGAUGUAUCCCGACAAACCAUUCUGGCUUCAGAAGCUCCGGCUCUGGGAGCGUGUCCCCGACUGCGUCCUUCCGAAUCCUCCUUACCGGGAAUCCUCCAGUUCCCAGGCUCCCCCAGGCAGGCGGAACCGCCCCCAGGCAAGGGGAGCUGUGCCCCCAAGCGCUUCGGGGCGCUCCUUACCUAGGGAUGGGCGCGAAUGAAUCCCGGGGGCCAAAGGAGAGGAGACAGGAGGGGUGAGAGAAGGGAGCCCAGAGCAGCGGGGCCCAGCCCGGGGGAGAGGGGCUUGACCCGGGGCGGGAAGCCCGGCCUAGAGGAGAGCAGUCUGACCCAGGGGAGAGCGUCCCGACCCCGGGGAGAGCGUCCCGACGCGGCCCGGCCCCGGGGAGGGGGCCCGGGCCCAGAGGGGAGCGGCCCCGGGGAGGGGGAACGGGCUCAGAGGGGAGCGGCCCCGGGGAGGGGGCCCGGGCCCAGAGCUGGGGCUGAUUUCUAGUCCUGCCGGGUCCCAGAGAGGGGAAACUGGGGGCUUGGGACUUUUUGUGCACUGCCCCGGGUCCCCUGAUGGCGAGCUUCCAAGAAGCCGGAGCCUGGGCUCUUUUCUCGGGGUGGCGCUGUCCAGUCCUUUCCCCCCAGAGGCCCCCGGGCCUGCACUUUCCCCUCUGGAGCAGGAAGAUUCUAUUGGAUGCCUCUGCAUCCGCUACUCUGCAGCUCUAGGACCGGGACACUUCACUUUCUCCCUCCAGCUCGGCAGGGGGCGACAAGGAGGCCUCUGAACUACAAUCCCCAUGAAGCUCUGCGAGACGGACUCGGAGUCCUUCGAGCAUCAGGCGCGGGCGCGCGGCGCGGUGCACCGUGGGAGGUGUAGUCCGUGCGCAGGCGCAUGGGCCUCCGAGGCGACGGGCGCCCCCGCACCAAAAUGGCGGCGCUCCGCCGCGCCCUCCUCGUUCGCUUCCAGUUGGGGUCGUGGGGCCGGGGGGCAGGGCGUUAGCGGGUAGCCCGGUGCCUUCAUAAUGUUUGGGGACCUGUUUGAAGAGGACUUUCCCUACAUCUCAGAGAAUCACAUCGAGAAAGGGACGAAAUCCAAGUGCGUGGACCCGGAGCCGCCGCCUCCGCGGGGCAUCACCAACCUGAGCGGCAUCCAGAACCAGGGCGGGACCUGCUACCUCAACUCCCUGCUGCAGACGCUCCACUUCACCCCGGAGUUCCGAGAAGCUUUGUUUGCCCUGGAUCCAGAAGAGCUUGGAUUGUUAGAGGACAAGGAUGACCCCAAUGCGAAGGUGCGAAUCAUCCCUCUGCAGUUACAGCGGCUCUUUGCUCAGCUGCUUCUCUCAGACCAGCAGGCGGCGUCCACCACAGACCUCACUGACAGCUUCGGCUGGAACAACAGCGAGGAGAUGAGGCAGCACGAUGUGCAGGAGCUGAACCGGAUUCUCUUCAGCGCCCUGGAGAGCUCCCUGGUGGGCACCUCCGGCCACGACCUCAUCAACCGCCUCUACCACGGCACCAUCGUGAACCACAUCAUGUGCAAGGAGUGCGAGAACGUCAGUGAGCGGCAGGAGGACUUCCUGGACCUGACCGUGGCGGUCAAAAACCUGACCGGCCUUGAGGAAGCCCUCUGGAGCAUGUACGUGGAAGAGGAGUUCUUCGAUGCAGAAAACCUGUAUCACUGCGGAACCUGCGACAAGCUCGUUUGUGCGACCAAGUCGGCCCGCCUGCGCAAGCUGCCGCCUUUCCUGACCAUUUCACUGCUGAGGUUUAACUUUGACUUUGCCAAGCGGGAGCGCUACAAGGAGACGGGCUCCUACACGUUCCCUCUGCAGAUAGACCUGAAGCCCUUCUGCGAGCAGAGCGAGCUGGAUGACUCGGAGUACCUGUAUGACCUCUUCUCCGUGAUCAUCCACAAAGGCGGCUGCUACGGAGGGCACUACCAUGUGUACAUUAAAGACGUCGACCAGCUGGGAAACUGGCAGGUGGAGGAGGAUGAGCCUGAAGCCGUUGCUGAGGCCACGAGUUUGAAAGAUCUUCCGAGUAUCCAAGAAGCAGACAACCCGCUGAUGGUCCUCAAGCACAUCUUAUCCCAGGAGGAGAAUAAGCUGAUUCCUGUGGACCAGCUGGGCCAGAAGCUCUUAGCGAGCAUAGACAUAUCCUGGAACAAGAAGUACCGGAAGCAGCACGGCUCCCUGCUGAAGUUUCUGCAGGCCCAUUCGGAUGUGUUUCUCGUCAGCUCGAACCCCAGCAAGGUCUGCCUCAGGAGGGAUGCCGGCCCUGCCCAGUCGCCCCCCGCUGAGCUGGAGCAGACCGGGCCCGCGGCCCCUUCUCAGGGCGAGGAUCCCGAGGUCGGUGGGGCCGAGUCUGCCGGGGAGCAGCAGGUGGAGGUGAGCGUCGAAGGCCCUCAUUGGUUCGACAUCAACGACUCCCAAGUGGAGCCCAUCCAGGAGGCGGACAUCGAGAAGCAGUUUCAGGGGAAGGAGAGCGCCUACAUGCUGUUUUACCGGAAGACCCAGCUGCAGAGACCCCCGGAAGCUCAGUCCAACCCGUGGUACAAGGUUCCGAAUCACCUGCUGAGGGAGGUGCACGAAGCCAACAGUGAGCUGCAGAAGAAGAGGGCAGACUAUGACUCUGUGGUCAACAACCUGGACCUGCACCUGCACCUGGGCCCUUGCUAUGAGUUUUACAAUGGGGCCCUGCACCCCUCUUCCUCCAGGACAGAAGAUUGCAUGCUGGACUUGACCAUCGACAAAAGGAAAACGUUAGGCGAUCUGCGGCAGGCCAUAUUUCAGCUCCUGGAAUUCUGGGAAGGGGAUCUAGUGCUCAGUGUUGCCAAGCUCGUGCCUGCGGGACUCCAUGUUUGUCACGCCUUCGAAGGAGAUGAACUGACAUUGCAUGAAAUUGAAAUGACCGAUGGGGAAGACAUCUUUGUGUGGAAUGGGAUAGAGGUUGGUGGGGUCAGAAUUCCAACCGGUGAUGACUCCAUUCCCAUCCUUUUGACUAUUCUUCAACUCACAAAUAACAAUAUGGGAGAAAAGGGGCAGUCGUUUAUAGAAAGACGCCAAGUGUUUCCCUCGAAUGCUAAAGUGAGCACCAUAUUCACAGUCUUAGCGUUCCCUGUUGGCCUCGUCCUGGUAAACAUUACAGGCUCUCGGGUUCUUGAGUUAGAGAACUGGACAGUCAUUCCCAAGGAGAACCUGGAACAGACAUUCAAAGACCACGGCCUUCAAGAUGGCAGCUCCGUGUGGAUAUUAAACUCCAACAGCUGUGACCAAAGCUUGGUGAUGGCCGAAGGCAGACGGAUGAAUUCUCUGAGCAACUUCAAUUGGAUGCAGGUUAAAAAUCUGUGCCAAGCAGAUUCCGAGGAGGAGCAAGUGAAAGUUUCUGCGACAAUUGAAACCACACUGUUGGACAUCAGAAUCAAGGCCAUCAAGGAGCUGGGCCUGCAGGAGGAGUUGGUUCAUAACAGCUGCUUGAGGCUGAUCGACAGGAAUGGGCAGCUUCUUUUUCCAGUGCCCGAGCAUUUCACCGUGGCCGAAGCAGAGAUGGAGAUGGGCAGUCUAUUGGGACUCUGUCGGGGCAAGGCUCCAACGUCCUCACAGCUGUUCCUGUUUUUCACUGUGGGCUCUGAUUUUGAGUCCGGCCUCAUGAUGGAGAUCAUCGUGGAGUCGACAAUUUCUGUGAGAGAAUGUUUGAAGGGGAUGCUGGAGAAAGCCGGUCUGCAAGGUGACUCAUGGCAUUUGCGAAAAAUGGAUUGGUGCUUUGAAGCUGGAGAGCCUUUAAGUGAGGAAAAUGCUUCCCUGAGUGAGCUUAUGAUCACCAGUGGAGACACUCUGAUCUUGUCUGAAGGAAAGCUCCCCCCCAAGGGCUUUCUAAAAGUGCCUGUCUGGUGGUACCGGCCAUCAGCUCCCUCUGGCUGGCAGGAGAAUCCCCAGAACCAAGUGAACCACAUCACUCACCAGGUGGAGGCUUUGAGAACCAUUCCCGAAGGAGGGGGUGGUUUUCAGGGGACAGACAAGGAGGCCGGUAGAGAAGGCAGCAUGUCGGUGGGAGAUCUGCAUGGAGAUAUUCCCAUUGUGGUCCAGCCAGAGAUUCCGUUUACUUUCAUGGGGGAUGUUGAGAUCUCCGAAGAAGCUUCUGUGGCGGAUCUCAAGACUCAGGCCAUGAUGCUGCCAUCCUUCAUGGAGUUCAGUUUUCCGUCGGCCGACUUUCUCAGAGCCUGGACCAUGGAAAGUAAGCGUCCAGGCAGGCUUUUACGAAACAACCAGCAACAACUCAAGGAUUAUAAAGUGGGAGGAAGGACUCAGAUCUGUGUGGAGCCCCUCCAGAAAGCAGAGAACUUGGGCCCCAAGGACAUGCUGCUGAGAACCCAGAUGGGCAUCCCCGGGGAGAGGGCCUACUACCCCACGGUGGACUUUGUCUGGGACAUUGUGAACGAGUGCACCGCGUCAUCCCUGCGCCAGGCCGUGGCCGCCCAGUACUGCCUCCCCAUGGACAGCAUCGAGAUCGCCAAGUACUUCCCGGAGAAGUUUGAGUGGAUGCCUAUCUCCAGCUGGGACCAGCAAGUUUCCAAGAGGAAAAAGAAGAAGAAGCAGGAGAACUUGCAGAUAGCACCUUAUUACCUGAAGGAUGGAGACAUUAUUGGGGUGAAGAAUCUGCUGGUGGACGACAACAAAGACUUCAGCACGCCGAGAGACGACAUUGGCAAAGAGAAUCAGACUAAGCUCUUUGUGGGAAAGAGGAGAAGGCGACAGGCUGUCCAGCUGCAGAGCAGCGACCUUGAGGCCGACCCGCACGUGCACGAGAAGGCUCAACGCCCCGAAGCUGGACUCUCCAUCAACGUGGGUGUUUUCAGAUAGCACCCGGGGGGCUCUGCGAGAGGCCAGCUGUGACCCACCGCCUGACUGACCCCCGGGCUUCAGGGACUCCUGGCAGCUGCCGAGCCGGGCCAAGUAGGCGGCCGUUUAGCGCAGAGGGUGUAGCUCCUUUCCCGGGAUGACGCCGAGGGGCCGAUUCAGAGGAAACGUCAUCUCUGACGUCCAGAAGUAAAACCAGUAGCCCGGCAGCGGUGGCCUCCUCUCCUCCUCUCCUCCUCCUUUCAGUUCUUUCCGGAGAGGCCCGGAAUCGUAUCCUUUGUCUUGACCUUAUGAAAAGCCUCAUCGACACUUGGUUCGGUGGCACCGAAAUGCGGUUGUAGAGUGUCCGAGCUGGGAUAAAACCCGGAGGCACGGGAGUGAUGUGUGUGGAUCUAAGGGGAUGCAUUGCUGAUCCCGGGACUGACAAGCACGUCUUAGCCUGCACAGAACUGGAGAGGAGCCCCUCCUUUCCCCGCCUGCCCAUCCUUUGACCCCAUGCAAACGAGGACUUUGUUUUCUUGAUGAAUCCUGGCUGAUGUGGGGAUGUACUUUGUGCAUCCUUUGUACUUGCGAUGAUCGAUGAUCGCUCUUCUUGCCAUUGAAUCGAUCGGGAGGAUGUACCUCGAGCGUUCUGGAAGCGUCCGGGAUUGGAAACGAGCCCUGGGAUUCUUCCCUCGCGUCGUCCAGUUUCUCCUCUGUGUGGCCUUUCAUGCGGUGCCAUGUCACAGCUGUCUCCUGAAUUGCCAUCGGUGUCUUCCUCGGUGAAACGGUCUUGUCUGAAGUUUCCGUCGAAGCCAGAGAUCGCGCUGCCUUCCCCGCCAUGUGCCAAGAUCGGUAUUUCUCGGUAUUUCGGAUGUGCCUUUAAGGUGUAACGUGACAUUGCUGCCCUGACUUCUUGAAGCUGGCUUUCCCUUGGGGCAGUGCGUGGAGCGUCACGGGUGACUUUCCUUUUGUGAAAAGUCAUCAUGGGAGAGUCAGAAAGGAGCUGCUUUUUAAGGGGAAACAGACCACUCUAAAAUCUGGGGCCUUGGUUUUCUAAUGAUCCAAUUGCUGGAGUGAAGGAAGCUUUGUGAUCCUUCCCCCUCGUCCCCCUCAAAUGUACCUCAGAAACUAAAUAAAGACGGUUUAUGUGAAGAAA